CGUUCGAGUUCGAAACAGUUCGCCAUCUUAUCGAAGGUUUUGCCCGUGUUUUAUCGGUAGAAUAUGGCGGAGAAUGGCAACUGCUCGGUCGAGGGAGGAGCGGGAGAAGAGUCCAUUGAAUACAGGCCGCAGGUUUUCCAGUGUCAGGGCUGCCGAGAGAUCCUAGCCGACUCUCUCGCGCUGAACGACCCUCUGACGGGGCCGAGGGCCUGCUGGGAGAUGAGCUGCCUCUCCUUCACCGCUGUGUCAGAGUCAGUGACAGUUGGAGAGGACCUCACCACUACCAACAACAAGGCAGACAAAGACUAUGGAUGUUUCUACCUGGUCCUGUCCUGUACGCGGUGUGAGUCGGAGAUAGGAAAGAUGUACAAGGCGACACUGCCGGAGUUCGACGCACUCAGAAACCUGUUUGUCAUCAGCAUGGACAAAGUCACCAACUACGACCUUGGGGCAGGUGUCUCGGCCCCCCAGUGUGACCUUGAAGCGAUCGUCUCUGCGCAUGUCAAGAUGGAGAAGCAGAUGGCUAAACUGAGACAUGUGGUGCUGCAACUGUCGGAGCGGCUGACCAUCUUCGAGCAGGCUGUGAAGGAGGAAGACGAAGAACCGGACUCCAAGGAAAACAUCCUCCCAGCCGACAGGAAGUCGGUCUCCAGGGCCAACACCAACACACCUGUGGUGAAACAGGAGAGGUCUUCAUCAGGUACCCCGUCCUCUCGAGGUAGGUCUCACAGGACGUCCCAGGAUCGCCGACACCCGUCCCAGAACGGCUACCGGUCCUCAUCCUCCUCUCAGGAUCACCGCCACCCUUCACAGAACGGCUACAGGUCCCCCUCCUCAUCUCGCUUGCACCGCAGGAAGAAGGCAAGAAUCGCCUCAAUAUCGGACUCAGAGUCAGACUAGGAAUUCCCUGAAAGCUGGUAUGUGUGCCCAACAAAAGCAACACUAACCUCACAUUUUCUAGUAAUGCCAGGUGAUUGGAUAUUUUGUUUUAUCUGUUCAGUUGUAACUUGUAAGAGUCAGACAAGAAGGAGCUCCCUGAGAGAUGGCAUGUGUGUGUGCACAAUAGCAACACUAACCUCACAUUUUCUCUAAGAUCAUGCUGGGUAGUAAUGCCAGGACAGGUGGUUGGAUAUUUCGUUGUAUCUGUUCAGUUGUAACUUUGUAAACUUCUUAUGCUCAUGGUUUUUGCCAGUAUCUUGCAGCUGGUUGCCAUCCUAUCUACACAGUUGUAACUAAGAUCAUGCAAAACAAAAAAAAAUUACACAUCUGCUUUAGAACUUAGUAGGGAAUCAGUGCAAGACAAGCCAAAGAGAUGUUAUAUGCUAUAUUGGUUCAGUUAUUGUGUUAUAUAUCACUCAUAAAGAUGAUGUUAUAAAUAAUAUAAAAAGUUGUUAUAGAAUAUAGAUAUACUAAUGGUUCUUGUUAUUAGCCUGGGGGUCAUUGUCAGUUUAUAUUCACUUCAGUAGAGGAAGUGGACUUAAACCAAGAUGGCAUCUAGA